AUGUCGGACAAGCCGGAGAGCAGCAAGACUCAACUCGAAGGGGAUAUUAUCGAACCAUUGCUCCAAAAGGAUUUCUUGUCACAGUUGCCAGAGGAGAUUGCGUUUCACAUAAUCGCCUAUCUGACACCGUGGGAUUUGACGGUUUGUUCUGGCGUUUCGCGGACGUGGCAGCGAAUUUGUGAAGAUGAUCGGACCUGGCGACAGAAAUGUUUGGAGAAAGGAUAUGUCAAAUUUGAUGCCCCAAGUUGUCGUUUUCUCGGAGGCUGGGCGACGAAUCGAGCGAAUGAACAAGCGGGAAUCACAAUCUUCUCACAUAUGGACCUUCAAGAAGCACAUCAGAAUCGACGAGAACGCGAGAUCGCAUAUGGCCAGUGUUUUGAGCGAUCCUCAUGGAAGUCACUGUACUUGCGGAAGAAGCGAAUCAUUUCGAAUUGGCGAUCCCGACCGAUUCAAUCAAGCACGGUACUAAAGAGUCACGAUGAAUAUGCGAUCCGUUAUCCACAAAUUCACUCAGGUCGUAUCGUUACUCGUUCAGAUGGUUAUACGUUGCCGGUUUGGAAUGUUGAUGAUGCUCAACCGGCCCUCACUCUAACUGGCCAUAUGGGUGCUGUUUCGACAUCUCAAGUGAGCGAUGAUGGCAAAUACGUUGUCAGUGGCUCGACUGAUCGAACGGUGCGCGUUUGGUGUGGUCAAACCGGUGCACAGCGUCAUGUUCUGCAGGGGCAUACGAGUGAAGUGUACUGCAUGAGUCUACAUGGUACAACUCUUGUUUCUGGAUCACGCGAUGGAACGCUCCGAGUCUGGGACAUUGUCGACGGGAAAUGCCUUCACAUUUUGACUGGCCACUUGAGGAUGGUUAACUGUGUGCAAUUUGAUGGAAUUCGGGCUGUGUCGUGUGCCUUUGAUUUUACUGUAAAGGUUUGGAAUGUGGAGACGGGGGAGUGUUUGCACACGCUGACGGGUCACACCGAUUCAGUCUAUUCACUUUUGUUUGAGCCAAAGCGCGAUCUUGUCGUCUCGGGAAGUUGGGACCAAACGAUUCGCGUCUGGGAUGUACGAAGAGGAACAUGCAUCGCAAUUCUUCUCUGUCUUCGAAGGGGCUACAUUGGCGUGCAGCUUCGCGGAAACGUUUUGGUCGCCUGCUAUGACAACUCGGAGGUCGGGGUUUGGGACAUUCGUGACGGUGGUUCGUGCAUUCAUCGCCUGCAAGGCGUAAAUGGUCACACGUCGACCAUCAUUGCAUUCCAAUUGCUCGACUCGAGACUUUUGGUAACAAGUUCUUUCGAUGGCUCGGUCAAGCUGUGGGAUGUGGAUAAAGGUAUUUUCGUCCGUGACCUCGUUCGUCUUGAAUCGGAUGGAUUUGGCAGUCCCAUUUGGCAUCUUGAAGCCACCGAAACAUUGCUCGUCUGUUCAGUUGGAUCGCAAACCGGAACCGAGGACAGAAAGCUCAUCUUGAUCGAUUUUGAUGCAUCGUAUCCA